UUAGCGGUGUGUGGCUUUGCCAGGUUGGCUCGCUUGUAUGUCAUCAGCUGUGUGGGAGCUGAUGUUGGUUGGGUGGGUAAAAUGGCUGGAGUUUAGUUGACGUCUCGAAAGCGAAGGUCCGCAACAAACUAUUAUUAUUAUCAUCAUCGUCGUCGUUCUUUUACUUUCUUCGUUUGAUCUUCGCCCUCGACGGACAGCAACACCCCCAAACUUCCAUCACUCAGAGACGACUACACAGGUCUGACCAUCAUCAUCACCACCACUGUCAACCAACGAACCGAAUCUUAUUCGAAUCGCAAGUGCCUUAAUCAAUUAGAUAUAUACAAACUGUAUUCAGUUUGUGUGUUCCAAUAGAAAAGAGGAAACGAAGAAAGUACAAUAAAUGAAUCUGUGAUUAUUCAAGUGUAAAAUUAUCAAAUUUACACUCAAACCAUGGAGGCAAUGCAAUAUGAGCAAGCCCGCAAUAUGACACUGCUCUUCUUCUUUGAAAGGCUGUUGGACAAGGGAGAACCUAGAACUUUGCACGACUUGAGCUGUCAGUUUGGAUCGAAGGGGUUCACCAAGGAGAUGCGUCAAAUAGCAGGGGGGUCACAAAGUGGUCUCAAAAAAUUUCUAGCACAAUAUCCAGCACUUUUUGCGAUUGAUGGAGAUUAUGUCAAUAUCAAUAUGUACCAGAACAAUAAGGAAGGAAAAGAUAGUCCAGGAGGUCAAAAGGAUUAUGCUGUACAGGCAGUCGAGUAUUUCUCAGAAAAGCUAGCGCAGUAUGGCGAAGGCACUGAGGUUCCGAUUCGUAGCCUCCUGGGGCAUCGAUCGCAAGCUAGUCCAGAGGUGCGACACGUCUCUGGGCAGCACUUCCACGAGUUCCGAGAGUUCUUGCUGAAGCAUCCUGAAAGCUUUGCGUUAGACGACGAGAAAGAGACGGUUGUGCUGAAAAACUUUGAUUCAGUGAGAAGUCACUGUCAAGAGCACUUCACGGUGAACGUGCACAUAGAUCCGGAGAUCACGCAGAACCUGUUGGAUUUCUUUGCGCAGUGCAUUGAGGUAAAGGGACCGAUUCUGGUCGAGCAGCUUUUCCAAAUUGUGAGUUGCACAUUGCCUGAGUCCAUGUGGUCCAAUCUGUUCAACACGCCGGCCCAUCUAACCAGCUUCUUGCGUUUAUUCUCAGAUAGCUUUCAUAUCCAGUCGAAUCUCGUCACUCUGCUGCAGCACCCAAAGGUCAGCCAAAAGCAUAUCAACGCUCAGAUUUUGAACCAGCAGAAUCUGCAGCCCAACAAGAUCAAGGAGCAGCAGCAGAAUAAAGAUUCUGUUGUUGCCUCAACUGUAGUUGACACUGCUUCUGGGGACGAAGAAAUCAAGAGUCGCAUGCAGCAGGAGACGAAGAAUAUCAAGAAUCUGGAAGUGAACAAUAUCACGGACGAUGCGAAGCAGUACAUUGAGAAAGUGCAGACGGGAUCGUCUUCGUCGGCUCCGAAGCUGUCACCGCCUACGAGCAUCAGCGAUCGUCUGAAACAACCAAAGUUGCAGCAGCAGCGAUUGGAAGAAGAGAAGAAAUGCAAGAGUCCGGAACCAGUGGAUUGCAGCAGCAAUAGUGAUGCAGCCAACGAGCGCAAAGGACUUAACUUUAAGCUGGGGAAAGCGCCAUGGAGUGUCGAGGAUAAUAACGAAGAGAAACGUGCUCAGCAGCCGGUGACAACGACGGCAGCGACUCCUGCAGUCAAAGUGAAUAAUGCUAACAAUCAAACGUUGAAGCAGCGAAUCAAUAGUCUAGUGCUAAAGACUCUACAAGAAAAUACGGGGCGCGACCAGAAAAGCAUGAUGAACCAGCAGGUGGUGGCUAAAGAGGCGUGGAAGAACCGUAUCUUCCAGAACACCCGGGUAAUUUGCAACCUGAAGGAGUGCCAGAUGGUUGUCGAAGAGAUCAUGACCAGCGGCGGGGGAGGCGGCAAAAGGAAGACUGGUAGCAGGAAACCGGUCUGCGCGAACAGCGAUGAUCCGCUAUGGCCGUUUGGUGGAGACAAGGUUGUCGUCGCGUUCGACUGCGAGGGGAUCAACCUUGGCAUCAAAGGGCAGGUCACGCUUAUGCAGAUCGCCACUAUGAACGGAUAUGCCUAUAUUUUCGACUUAAUCACUUGCGCUUCCAUGAUGGAUGGGGGAGGAUUGAAGAAGAUAUUAGAGAGUCCGGAUGUUAUAAAGAUCAUCCACGACUGUAGGAAUGACUCAGUAAAUCUGUUCAAGCAGUUCAAUGUCACAUUGAGAUCAGUCUUCGAUACGCAGGCGGCGCACGCCGUCCUCUCUUUUCAGGAGAGUGGAAAGCCGGUGUACAAGGCAAAGAGCGUCGCUCUGAAUGCCUUCUGUCAAGCGUACGGCGCCACCAUCAACCCGAUGAAAGAGCAGCUGAAGAACAUCUAUAGGAGGGAUCAGAAAUACUGGUCGAGAAGACCGUUAUCGCGAGAAAUGAUCCUGUACGCGGCGGCCGACGUUCUGAGCCUCGUUCACGAGAACCUGUACACGGCGAUGGUGCGAAACAUCGCCCCGGAAAACCGUAAACUUAUGCUAGAGUUGUGCGAGGAGCAGAUCUACCUGCACAUCAAUCCAGACGAUGUAAAGCUGAAGAAGCGUCAGAGAAAAACGGAGACCGAGGUGGCGGAACUCAGGGUGAAACUGUCGCAACCUGCGAAGAGCAUCGUCCUGAGCAACCGCGAGGUUCGUCUGCUGAGGUAUAUUGAACUGACAGAAGAAGAAAAGGAGAAACUGAAGACAUCAACAAAGGUGGCCAAAAAGUUGGAAAAGUUGGAGAAUCAAGGUGGUCAGGACCGAGAUUUCUCCAGCGACGAGGAGGAUAACGACAACGACUAUCCGAGUAUAGAGAGCGACGCGACGUCUCCCAGGAACUCGGAGCCUACAAGCCUGACGGAAUCUAUGCAGCUGAUCGACACGAUCUUGGGUGACAACAAGAUCGAUCGACUGGACAAGAUCGACAAACUAGAGGCCAUCCUCAGCGCGGCGUCGCUUCUUCCGCAGUCCGAACAACAGGAUGGUGGUAUCAAAUGCUGCAGCUGUGGCUGCCACAGGAACGGCAACAGAGAGGUAAAUAGUAACGACAGAAUAAUAUCGCCUAGCAGCAACAGCUUUGUAAGUGCCUGCGUCGAAGUCACGCUGCCUCACGGCUGUAGAUCCAUAGAGACGCAGACUCUCAGCACCGGCGACGUCGUUGUCACUAAAAUCCAUUUCAACGAGACUGCCGAAUGACGACGACAAUGUCCAAUUCGAUUUGCUCAAUACGAUUAUUUAUCAUACAAUCUGUAAAUCUUAUUCUACAAAGGAAUUGAAAUUUCAUAUCACAAGAGUGUGGAGCAAUAACGAUGUCCCUCCUCCGCGUAGGCAAUUGAAUAUUUCUUUAAAUAUUAAAUUUAUUUCGAUUUAACCGAGGUGCUGCUUUUACAUAUAAUCAUAGAAUUCGUUGAUUACUUUUUAAUUAAGUAGAAAAGACGUUGGGUAAAAAAUACUAGUGAUAUACACACAUAUAUAUAUAUAUACAAACACUUAUAUAUUAGUUGUCUAAUAGAUGGACCAGUUUUUUUUUGGGUUUUUUUUUGUAUGUACUUAAUCUCGAUCGAUGCUUGCAAACAUAUUUAAUGCAAAAUGAAAACCUAUUGGACAUGAAUAUGCAAUUAUUUCGAAUCAAAAUUUUCUUAGUCUUUUGUUUUUCAAUUUGCAAGCAUUCCA